AGUCUCAGCCUUGAAGCAUGUCGAAUUGUGUUGCAUUUCCUCUCUGCGCCGUUCUGACUCUCAUUCUCACGCACUGCUAUUCGCUGCUUGCCAUACUCGACAAAAAAGUUUUGUACGUAGAAGAUGAGCCGCGUCGCAACUAUCGGCUGGAGGACUUCCUGUGGACAGGCUCCGGAGAUGGAGAGCCCGAGACAUCUUCAGCAUGGCGAACUACAACUGUCUUCCGAACCACCACAACCACGAUUAUGCUCGGCAGUCCCACUAUACUCAUCAAGGUGACACCGACCGUGCACACGUCUUGUGCCGGUGUGGGCUGCGGAAUCAGCGCCACCCCCACACUGUCAGUGGGACAACCGUUCACUUCCGCAGUCCCACCUUGGCCUCCACCCCAACCGCCCCCACCUGAGCAGCGCUAUUGGCUGGUCACUGUUUUAAGAGCGAAUGUCUCCAAGGAGGACCUCUCCACUGCCCCUCAUAACUUCGAGCCUAGACUGGCUAGGUUAUAUAAGACUGCUUUCCAAAGACAACAACUGCACCACCUAGGCGUCAACGGCGCCAGCUACCAAAACAAAAUGGCGGCGGCCAUAAAGCGUCGCCGCGAGGAGCGACCGCUGACCGUGACGGUGCUGAACGCGACCGCGACGCAGCAGGACGCGACUCUACGGCUGGUGUAUGCGGUCAGUGUGAACGGCCGACCUGUGAGGGCCGAAGCUGCAGCCCAGGAUAUGAGACUCAUGUCAGACAAGGAGGUCACCGCCGAACUGGGGUUUCCUGUCCUUCUCAAAGCCGAGCCAGCUUACCUGCAAGGCCCAGCCUCGCCGUUCCACAGGGACACUACCCAAGUGGCACACACACUGUACGACAAGUGGCUGCUGAUCAGUGCGGGGGUGUGCGCCCUUCUACUGCUUCUCAUUCUGGUGGUGCUCAGUGUGCUCGGCCUUAGUGCACGCUCGCGCAAGCGCAAGCAGCGGCGUAUCGACGGCAGCGCCAACCGGCAGAGGGUUUACAGCCAGGAACAGCAGCAGAGGAGGACAAAGGUGAAGGGCAAAGGCAAAGGGAAGGGCAAAUCUGAACAGGCUGGACCGUCUUCAGCCGGAGAGGAGAACAUGGCUUAUCAGCAUGAUGACAACGAACAGGGCAAGGUGAUUGGCGGAGACUCCCCGGACAGACUGAGCCUCCGAUCGGGUCCCAGUUCUGCAGCCUCAUUGGUCAGGAGGUCUGCCCCCACCCCUCAUCCUAGGCCGAGACCGCGAAGUCGCAAGGCUAGCCCCAACUCAUUCCUAUCUAUGCCUUCCGUCAAACAGUUUCCAAGAGGUCCACCAAUAGCCGAGCCACUAGAACAAGUUCUGCAGCCUGAGGCAUCAACCAAUCAGCACCAAGGUGACCACCACGGUGAUGCAUGCGAUGGUGUGCCAAGGUCACCACACAAUGGUGACCACAGAGAGGCAUGCCACCACAGGGAUGGUGUCCCGAGGACAAGACACCACGAGCCACCGUCAGAUCUGCCACUCACCAGGCACCGCAGUCAAAACGAGGGUGAAGAUCCCGGGGUGAUUGGUCCACUUGUUUGGGACCUGCAUUGUCAUAGGAUGCACAAACAAGAAUGCCAAGACGCCGAAGAAGAUAUCUCCCUAAGCGAACCGAACGUUGGUCGUAUGCGACGUCGCUUCCAGGAGCUGCUAGACGACGCGUUCAGCAUGUUCGGAAGUCGUAGCGGAAGUCCGGAAGCGGAAAGCUGCAGUAGUCCCACUGCACAUGCGCAGACUAACCAAGACUACAGAGCAAAGUCUGCCGCGCUGGUCAGACCAGUCUCUGAACUUCUGGGCACCGAAACCAUACUAACCAGGCCGAAAACAUCCGCUUCUGCAAUUUCCCAACGACCUUCUACAGCAGGAGGUAACAGGGGAUCACCCAGGGGCGCCUGGAACAGGAGUGACAACAGCCUUGUACCCAGUCUGGUGGCGCCUGGUACGCCAAGUCUGCGGCCUCCACCCCGACCUCUGAGUGCCGGACCUUUCCAUCGGCCCUCCCUGGAGCCAUCCCACAUUCUCAGUGAUGCCAACCUCUCGCCUUCCGACCCGGUAAUUCCCCUAAUUGCUGCCAUACAGGAGGAACUCGACAAGUUUGCUCCUCCGCUACCAGGGUCGCCACCCUACAAGUUCUAGCAUUAGUUUAGAUUAAAGCUGCAUUAGAUUAAAGCUAGGGAUGGGUAUCGAUACAUCGAUGUUUAAAAACAUCGAUGGUUCAACAUCAAACAUCGAUGUUUUUAACAUCGAUGUUUACUGUUCGAUGUUUUUCACUUAUCGAUGUUAGGAUGAAAAACAUCGAUGUUUUGUCUUUCGAUUCCCAUCCCUAAUUAAAGCCUCGUUUUCAUCAGUAGAGUUGGUGGUAGAGCUCCCUGGGCAAGUACUAUAACACUAUCUUGUGAACUCUCCCAAUGAAAACUGGUUGAUGAUAACAAUUAUACCACAUUAUGUUAACUUUCUAAUGCCAAUGUUUCUUUUUCACCAAACUCAGGGUUCCAAUGCUUAUAGUGAGGUCCACGUUAUAAUGGCAGUGGAGAAAGAUAGGAGAACAACGUUGCCGAUCCUCUGUCUUUUUCAAAGCUACAAUAUUAAACUCCAUCAUGGAAGUCUUCAUGGAGUAUGACAUAUUUGUCACAUAAUUCAAAGUUUUUAUAGUCAGGUCCACGUUAGUGGAGAAAGAAAGGAGACAACGGUGCCGAUCCUCUGUCUUGUCAAUGCCUUCUAUAGACGGUAGCUGAUACAGGUUUAUUGAUGUAAUAUCAACAGCUGGU